UUUUUCAUCCAGAAAUUCAUCCCAUCCAACUUCAGAUAUCCACAGCUUUUGGAUAAAUAAUGUUUGCUAAAUGAAGACGAAAAGACCAAAUAAUGGAUAUUUCAUCUGUUUCGAAGUGUCCCAAACGCACCGUGGGAUUAACCUUGCCAGAAGCUGAAGAGAGCAUCGAUGUCAAGCAGUUUAUUCAGUUAAUACCGGAAGCCCAACAAGUUCAUUGGAAAGUCCCGUACCUAAAUACAAAUCAUCAAUUAAGAAGAAGUCCUUUUCGUGGAAUUGGUGGAUCAUCAAUACCUAUGCAUGGAAAAACAUCGUGUUCAAUUUUGUUCGAGGAUAAGUAUUAUGAAUUAGGAGUUUAUGACAAUCCCAAUCUUAUCUCGCCUACAGCGCUCCUACUUGGUAGAGCCCUGUUCAAUUACUCAAUAAUUUACUUUUUUGAAAAGAAAUAA